CCCUACAUGCUUGGAGACCAAGUUCUCCAAGUUCCCCUUCAACAGGCAACAGGACCAGCCAAGACCCCACUUGCACUUGUGCACAUGGAUGUGGUGGGGCCCACAAGAGCCCCUUCCCUCUCAGGCAGCCGCUAUUUCUUGACAAUUGUGGAUGACCACACUCGGGCAGUGUGGGUUUACCCUUUGAAGAGCAAGGGGGAGGUGGCAGCGGCUGUCCUUAAGGAGUGGAUGCCUAGAGCUCAGAGGGAAUGCGGAUACAAGGUGAAGGUGAUCCGCAGUGACAAUGGUGGGGAGUUCAUUGGAGCUGAUUUUGAGGGGGAGUUGAAGAGGAAGGGGAUCCAGCAUCAACUGACAGUGCCCUACAACCCACAGCAGAAUGGCGUGGCUGAGAGGUUCAACAGGACCCUGCAGGAGGGGGCACGCACUCUCCUUGGGCGUGCAGGGCUGCCUGAUCCGUUUUGGGUGUCUGCACUGAGGCAGGUCGCCCUUGUGAAGAACAGGGUGCUGGCUACAGUUGGAGAUAAGGAGUGGAUCCCAUAUGUCAAGUGGUAUGGGAGUGCUCCAGCUGUGAACAUGCUGAGGGCAUUUGGGUGCAUGGUGGUGUUUCAUGUGCCUAAGGAGAAAAGGGGGAAGUUGGAGGCUUCUGGAAGAUGGGGUGUGCACUUGGGGAUUGCAAAGGAUCACAAGGGGUGGCUGCUAUGGGACUUGACCACCCAGAAGUUGACAGUGUCAAGGGAUGUGAAGUUUCUUGAGUCCCUGUACUACAAGGAAUGGAAGCAGCAGCAACAGAAGCUUCCAUCUACACCGCUCAUUGUGGAGGCAGAUGAGGUGCAGCAGCCUUCAAGACAGGUGGAGGUUGCAGUGUCAGAGGAGGAGAUGUCUGGGGUGACUGAGGAAGGGGGAGCAGCUGAAGUAGAGCAGCAGCAGCAGCAGCAGCAUGAGUCUCCAUCUCGAGUUCCACACCCGCCUGAGCGACCUAGGAGGGAUGUGCGCCCUCCUGUGAGGCUGACCUAUGGGGGAAGAGGCAAGCCAAAUGUGGUGCAGGCUGGGAGUGUGGUUGAGCAGAUUGAGGAAGAUGAGAUCGCUCACUGCUACUGGGCACCAAUCCCUGAGCCCAAGACUCGAGAAGAGGCCUUGAAUGGACCAAAUGGGGAGAAGUGGAAGGCGAGUGAGGAUGAGGAGUUCGGGUCCCUGAUUGAAAACGAGACAUGGGACCUGUGUGACUUGCCUCCUGGGAAGAAGGCAAUCACUUCCAAGAUGAUCUACAGGCACAAGUAUGGACCUGAAGGGGAGCUGACCCGCUACAAGUCUAGGCUUGUGGCAAGGGGGUUUCAGCAGACAAAGGGGAAGGACUAUGAUGAGGUGUUUGCUCCUGUGGGGAAAGGAACAACAUUGAGGGUGCUAUUGGCGAUGGCUGCACUCCUGGGAUGGAAGAUACGGCAGAUGGACAUUGUGACUGCCUUUCUGAAUGGGAUCAUUCUGGAGGAGGUGUACAUGAAGCAGCCAGAGGGGCUGGAUGAUGGGAGCGGCAGGGUCUGCAGGCUGAAGAAGGCCAUCUAUGGCCUUAAGCAGGCGCCUCGUGCAUGGUAUCACAAGUUGGAGGAGGCGCUGUUGGCUGGGGGUUUCAAGAAGAGUGAGUGUGACCCCAGCCUGUUCCUGCUGCAGGAGAAGGAUGAAAUCCUCAUGCUCUUGGUGUAUGUGGAUGAUAUCCUUCUCUUUUCUGCAUCCACUGCUUUGCUGGACAGCGCAGAGCAGAUGCUGGAGAUGCAGUUCAAGUGCUCCAAGAUGGGUGAGGCGAAGUACUACUUGGGGAUGCAUGUGGAGAGAGAUGUGGAAAAGGGUGUGCUGAGGUUGCACCAGAGGAAGUACUGUGAGGGGCUGGCUGAGAAGUAUGGGCUGCAAGAUGGGGGAAAGCCAGCAACACCACUACCUUCAGGGUUUACUGUGGAGCCAUGUGCUGAUGAGGAGGUAGUGGGUGAUAGUGACAGGAAGCUGUUUCAUUCGAUGGUUGGGUCGCUGAAUUAUGCUGCAAAUCAUACACGGCCUGACAUUGCAUUUGCUACAUCACGACUGGCUAGCGUGGUUUCACGUCCUAGUCAUGAGCAGCUGGAAGCGGCCAAGAGGUUGGUCCGCUAUGUGAGUGCUACGGCAUCAGUGGGAUUGGAGUACAGUGGAGUGAGGCAGCGGUUGCAGAGAGGUGCUGCAGAUGUGAAGAGUGGUGAGAUGCUCUUGAGUUGCUAUACUGACGCUAGCUUCAACUCAGUGAAAGCGGAUGGCACCAGCAUUGGGGGUUAUGUGUGCUUGCUGGGAGGUGGUGCUGUGAGCUGGCGCAGCAAGAAGCAAAAUGAGGUGGGAUUGUCUUCAUGUGAGACUGAGUACAUGGCCUUACACCAUGGGGCCAAGGAAGUGGUAUGGCUGAGGCGUUUGUUAGAGGAGUUGGGAGUUGGUCAGGAGGAGCCGACAGUUGUGUUCUGUGACAAUGAGUCUGCAGUGAAGCUGGCCAAGAAUGCUUGUCUGCAUGGGCUGACAAAACACAUAAGGCCUAAGUGGCAUUGGGUGAGGAGAAUCCUUGAUAAGGAGGUGCGGCUGGAGAUAGUGAAGACCCAUCAGCAGGCAGCAGAUAUUUUCACUAAGCGUCUGGCGGAGGCGGAUCAUUGGAAGGGCAUGAAGCUUGCUGGGAUGAGUGUGCAUUGAGUAUGCAUGCUUGAGAUGUGGUAUGGUCGAUGAUGGUUGGCAGCCAGAGGGGGAGAUUGUUGUGUGAUGUCAUCAUAUGCUAUCACAUUCUGUCUGCCUCCCAUCCCAUGUUUUCAACUUGCAUGUGUGGUUUGAAUGUGCAAGCAUUUGUGUGGUGUGUUCUGGAGUUUGGGAAUGUGUUCUGUGUUAUUUUUGUUUGAGCAGGUAUUUGUGAUGAUAGAUCUUGAGAAGAUCUUUCCGACGCAACGAGAAUCCCUUCAAUCGGAGCAAGAAUGCGAAAGCUAUGAAGAUUCAAAGUUCAUGAGCUUGCGUUACAAUUGCGGCGGUUACUAAGUGAAGUUGUGGGGUGACUCUAUAUGGAGUUGGGACCUUUGGGGUUGGGGAAACUUGUCACUCUACUGUAACAGCUGCAAAUAGGUUGGGAACAACCAAGCUAGGUUGGCAAGGGUGGCCAACUUGGAUGGAUUGGUUGGGAAGGGACAAAGGUCAAAGUUGAGGUUCCUAUAGGGAGGGAAUCUUUGUGCUUAUGGGGUUUCCUUGGUUGGGGACUCUCUUGGGACCUUCCCUCUCAUCCCUCUCUUCCUAUCCCAACCUUUCUCUUGCUCCUUCUAAUUCCUUGUGAGAUUCUUGAACUUUGAUUGAACUCUUGAGAUUGAGUUAAGUUCUCCUCCUACAGCUUACCCCCUAGUGCGUCGAAAGCCAUAGCGUCGCGAAUACUUCAUCAAUUAACAUGAUUCAAAUUGGGAACGGUAGCUGAGAUUAAGAGCUCCAACAUAUCCAAGUUUCGCGAUAUUCCAACGGCUAGUUUUUCGUCGACGUCGUUUCUUGUGAAGACGACUUUUCUGUCCAGAAUUUCGGAUUUAUAUUUUGAGUAAUUCUAGCUCCUAAGUUCACCUAGACUCCGUCCUUAAUCCUAACAGUUAGUGUAUGGGCUCAAGAGCAUGCUGGCUUGUGCUCAGAUGCAAAACCAGGUGUGUGGGAAGAUAUGGAAUCUCAAGUGUUGUCGCAUGUCCAAGUUCUUGAGUGGUACCCCACUAAACAACAACCUGUUUUUUCAUUUAGGUGCUUUGUUUAACAAAACUCUUUCCUUUUG